GAAUGAAUCUGCCUCACACGUAUCCGCUCUGUCUCUCAGAGGACAAUAUACUCUCUCAGGUGCCAAAUCAAGGUCUAUUCUAAUUUUUUGUGUUAAAAAGCGCUUCCUAUUAAAAAAAUAAAUGUAGGUAUGCUUCUUUUUUUUCUUUCUUUUUUUUUUUUGUUAUCUUAGCCUGUGUUCUCAGCCUGUUUGAUGAUAUGUACAAACAAAGCACAUCUAAUUGCUCAGAAAAGAGAACAGCUUGAGGAAUAUCCUAUCUGAUCCCAUCAAAUCAAAUGUGUAUCCAAACUGAAAUAAAUGAGAAACCAAGAUGACACAUACUGAAGGAAAAUCACUGGAUUUGAUUCUUGACAACGACCAGAGAGAUGGUUACUGCUCUGGUGAAGUAGUGUCUGGACAUAUUUCGCUCAAAAUCUCUGAAGCCACCACAGUCAAAGCCAUAAAAGUAUUACUGAAGGGAUAUGCUCAGGUGAGUUGGAUGCACAAACGGUCCCGCUGUUCUGAAGAGAGGAAAUAUCUCUCCUUAUCCAAGAAACUUUUAGCAUCAACAGGUACCCAAGACCUUAUCCUUCAUAGUGGCGUGUAUGAGAUCCCUUUUGAACUGCAGCUACCUCAGAGUCCCUUGGUUUCCUCGUUUUCUGGAAAACAUGGCCAUGUUUACUACAUGGUGCAGGCAGUUUUAAAAAGGCCAUUUCAUGAGAAUCAACGUGUUUGCAGAGAACUUUGCAUCAUCAAUCCUAUUGAUGUCAAUAUGCCAACGUUAAUAUCUCCAGUGUCACAAACCUGUAAGAAGAUGAUCGGCUGCUGGAUCUUUACUUCGGGUCCCAUCUCACUGUCUGUCAGCAUAGACCGACAGGGCUAUUUCAAUGGAGAAUCACUCCCAAUCUGUGCUCUGAUUGAGAACCGCUCCUCUCGUCUAGUUGUGCCAAAAGCUGUGAUAUACCAGAUACAGACCUAUAUGGCCAAGGGUAAAACAAAAAUCAUCAAACAGGUGGUUGCCAGUGCUAGUGGAAAUGUAGUGCCGUCUGACUGUUCCAGCAGGUGGAAUGGAAACACGCUGAAGAUUCCUCCAGUUUCUCCAUCCAUUCUGAAUUCAGACAUCCUGAAAGUAGAAUACUUGCUUGCAGUUAUUGUUCAGAUACCAGGUGCCAAAAAUCUAGAAGUACAGAUUCCACUGGUGAUCAGUACCGAUAGUCAUGGCAGUCACAGCUUUAACAUGAGCAGGCGUUCCGUUGUGGACAUGAGGUUGCUGUACCCCACAUUUACCCUACCAGAUGAAGCUGAAGCCCCACCCAGCUAUGCAGAGGUUGUGUCAGAGGAACAGUUUGAAGAGCGCAGAACUUCGACCUGCCAGCCACAACCGGACUGGCUGUUGGAUGGCCCAGCAAUCACUUACAUUCAGCAGUUCUGCCUCCAGCCUCCUCCCUCGUAUUCAGAGAUUUACCCAACUGAACACUGAGCUUACUUUGUGGAGAAGAUCAAAGAAUGACCUUGUGCCUACACUAUAGCAUUUUCCCCUUUUCUUUGGAUUAUGAAUUGCAGAUUGCUGCUCUUUUUGGUGAAAUGUUUGUUCUGUUUUGAUCAUGAGCACAUCAUAAUCAAGGUUUGUCCACUUUGCAGCUUAUUCUGACUUUCUGAAGGGUUUGUUUCUGUACUCUUCCAUCUGUUAUUGUGACAUGUACAAUUUCAGAUAAACUGCAAAUAAAAUGCACAAAAACUGUUCUCUUUAUAAGUCAAUCAGACAGACACGUCCCGUCUAAUUGGGCUGAGUUAACUGCAGUGCCAUCAGUCUAGGCUAUGUGAAACUAUCAUGAUUGGUUUAAGAACAUGUUAAUUAGAAUUUGUAUUCAAAAUGUAUUAUUUCAAAAUACUGUGAUUUAUGUAAUUAUUUGAAUCUGAUGCACAGACUUAACUGUUAAUAUUAUGAGGUGCUGCUUUGGGUCCAGGUUGAGAUAUCACAAGCAUAUGUGCACUUAUGUUGUAAUAUAUAUCACGUUUAGCUAGUAAAUUAUCACAAAAAUGGUUAAUUAACUAAGCCGAAUAAAGUUAACUGGAUUUGUAUUGUUUUUCACAGCACUAUAACAUAAUAAAAUUAUUCAUUUUUGUACAGCUUAA